CAAUGGAACGGCGUAUGCCAAGAUAUGGUCAAACGGUAUAGACUGCUUUUUUAGGUAGGUUGAUAAAAUGACACAUAGGGGCAAUUCUGUCAUUUACUUCUCUAAAACGAGAAAUAAAUUUUACUUUCCUUAUUUUGACGUCGACGUAGCUGUUGAUGAAUACUCAGGUCUCAGCUCAUAUCUCAUUCGGCCAUUCCAUAUCCAUAUACUACAAAGGCAGCAACGAAGAAGAAUUUGAUUGCAGAAUGAGAACGAGAAGGGGUCCGCCGGAUUUGUGUAUCGACGAUGAAAGAUAUAGAUUUCUCAAGAGACCAAAAGUGCAAGUUGAAUUCUCGCGUGAUUUUUUUAAUUCUCUCCCGGAUGAUCUUGUGCUGUGUGUUCUCUGCAAGCUCAGCUCUACCGCUGGAUGCCCACCCGAUUUCAUCAAUAUUCUCUUUACAUGCAAAAGACUCAACAUAUUAGGCCUGAGCUCAAUCGUACUCUCGAAAGCAUGCCGGGAAAUGCUGGCAGUGAAGGCGAAAAACUGGUCGGAAUCGAGUCACCGGUUUCUCAAACUCUGCGCCGAUACCGGAAACGCUGAAGCCUGCUACACCCUAGGCAUGAUUCAAUUCUAUUGUUUGCAAAACCGAGGUAGCGGCGCGUCACUGAUGGCGAAGGCGGCGAUCGCCUCCCACGCGCCGGCUCUCUACUCCCUCGCCGUCGUCCAGUUUAACGGCAGCGGCGGCACCAAGAGCGACAAGGACCUCCGCGCCGGCGUCGCGCUGUGCGCACGCGCCGCCUUCGUGGGCCACAUCGACGCCCUCCGCGAGCUCGGCCACUGCCUUCAGGACGGCUACGGCGUGAAGAAGAACGUCGCUGAGGGGCGUCGCUUCUUAAUUCAGGCUAACGCGCGUGAGCUCGCCUCCGUCCUUGUCACUUGCCCGCCGUCGUGGCUGGCCGGAGAGGGCGGCUGCCGGUUGCUUAGCGAUUUCGGGUGCAAUGUGCCGUCGGCGGAGCCCCACCCUGCGAACCGGUUUUUGUCAGAGUGGUUCUCGGAUCGAACCGGAAAUGUUAUCGGACCGGGUCUACGGCUCUGCUCUCAGUCGAUUUGCGGCAAACCGGAGACACGUAGGCACGAGUUUCGUCGGUGCUCGGUGUGCGGAGCAGUGAAUUAUUGCUCACGGGCUUGUCAGGCCCUGGAUUGGAAACUGCGCCAUAAGGUGGAGUGCACUGCCGUCGACAACGGGGCUCUUUUUUAGUUUCGCUGAGGAAUUUACAAUUUUGGAAGGAACUGAAUUUUUGUUGAGGCCAAAAUUGAAUUAAUAUAAAAGUGUUGACGCUAAUUUAAUUGUACACUGCUGCACAAGAUUUUAUAUUAAUUUUAUUUUGUGUUGAGUCUA